CCAUUAUAAAUGCCAAAAUCUUUUUUUUUUAACGUACUGCAAAACUUUUUUUUUUAAUGUACUGUACAUUCCAUACUGUAUUUACCAUGACUAUCACACUUAAUGAAUAUUCACAUAGCAAUUUUGACAACAACAACAAAACACCUGGGUCCAUUGCCCUGCAUAACAACCAGUUCCUGUUAUUAACGAGUGAAUUCCAGGCUGUGGCCCCCACUAACUUAAUUAAUGACCACUUCUUCAUACAAUGAACUGAUAAUAUUUAUAAAUACUCGUACUGUAUAUCACCUCAGAGGCAUCAAUAGAGAGAACUAAAUUUGUUUUCUACAUAUACAUACACACACACACUACAAAAAUAGUUUAUCCCCAAAGAGAGAGAUAGAGAGAAAGUGUAGUCAUGUCUAUGAGAGAGCAGUGAUGUUAUAUUUCAUACUGUAACUUCUACCACUCCUUCCUUCACUCAGAAGAGGUAUAGUCCGUUAUAACACCGUCCCCCAGUUUAUGGUACGAGUGCACAACACAGAAACUGUGGAAAAUUAUCAAAAUAUUGACAAGAUAUAUUUCAUGUCAUUUUUAUUACUGUUGGGUUGAAGGAUUGCUUGCAACCAAGACAGUGCUAUCAGGUGACAUAGAAUAUAUGAGCAUAAGAAUGAAGGAGAACUACAGUAGGCCUACUAGCCCAUGCCAGGCAGGUUCUUCUCAUAUCCAACCAUUCUCACUGAUGCUGUACACUGGCAUGCCCACUCAUCAACACACAACCUUGCCUCUCUACCUGUCUUUCUAAGGUAGCACCUUGUCUCACUUUGCUACACAUACUGUCCUCUGUUUUUAGUUGUCUCUGCAUUAGGAUUGAAAAAGCCAUAAGUGGCAAAAUGUCUUCUUCAAUAAAUGUCUUUGACUGUGCAUGUGUCUUGUCCCCACAUUCUGUUAUAAACAUACCCAGACUUGUACAACUUAUUUUGUCUUGUGAAACUUAUAUCACCACUGCAUGAAAUCUCUUGAUAAGUAACAUUAUACUCAGCCAUUACUACAUUAGCCCAGAAAUUAAGAAGAUAAGAUUACUAGUCUGAGCAACACUUUGGGACCGGGUUAUUGAACAAAAAUAACGUUAUCUUCCUCCAUCCAUUAUCCAUGACAGUCAUUUUUUAUCAACACAAUACUGUACAGCACAUCCGUCUCGCCAGCAGCAUUCACUUAACCAGUUGCUCUUGCUGAGGUCAGACACCGAGCAUCUACACAAUAUUGAGGUUGUGCUUGUUUAAGGUAUCAGAAAAUGAAGACAGCAAUUUACAUACUCGUGAUUACCUGCAUGAAUGAAGUUCUGAUGAACCCUGUAAAACUUUCACAGCAACAUUCAGACUUCAAGCCACUAGAGCAGCCAUUUUUCAGAGCCACAUCUGCAAAGAACAAAUUGGAACACCUACAGAAAAUGCUCAAGAAGGUCAAGGAGACUUGUGUCACUUGCAAUGAGCUAUCAAACACUCUCAAUCAAAACCUAUCAAUCACUCUACAGGAAGAAGGGAACAUGCACAUCAACCGAGCCAAGGAAUCAUCAAUGACAACUGUGCCAAGUUUACAAAGUAGAGUAGAAAAUAUACUAAGGAGGAGCCCUCAUAAGGAACAAAAGCUUCAGAAAAAGCUUCCUGGUAUCCUGAGAAUGGAAAUGGAAAUGGAAGAGAAAUACACCAGCAAGAACUUGACCGAGUGUUCCUUCACUUGUCCCAAUGACAAGUCUUUGUUCCCAUGUGUGUGUGACCCGUGUGAGAAGAGUAUCAACUGCUCAGCAAUAGGCAACCUUACACAGCUUUAUCAGCUCUUCAACAGUAUCUCUUUCCCAGCUACCAAAUUCGACACUUUCCUUCUCUCCUCUCCACCACAACUUUCACAAACCCUAGGAAGUGUUUUCCUGGAUAAUACAUUUGGCUUGGUGUCCUUUAAAGAGAUCCUGGUUGAAAAUACAGACGUAGAACAAGUGAUGAGUCAAGCUUUUAAUGGGAGUGAGAACACGCUGGCAAAAUUAACCUUCAGAUGGAACUACAAUCUUAAGGACUUUCCAUUCGCUCAGCUAGCCAGCUUCCCGUACCUUGAAACUCUGGAAGUCUCGGGAGGCAGCCUGGGCUCAGUUCCCGCGUUCAGUAAGGCCCCAAGCUUGGCAAUGGUUUUCCUGAAUCAAAACAAAAUUACAGAAAUUUCACCAAUGGCAUUUGCAAAUUUACCAGAACUGACAGUUUUGGACUUGGGAUUCAACAAUCUUCAAACAAUUGAAGAAAACUGCUUCUACUUCAGUGCCUGGGCCGUCAUCACAUACCUGGACGACAGCAACAUCAGUUUCAUCCAUGAGAGAGCAUUCAGCUACCACCAACCUGGUUACUUGGAUGUUUCCACUAACAAACUUACUGCGCUUGACCAAAAAGUCUUCCAGCCAAUCUUGGAUUUCAUCAUUGCAAACGAGUACAACAGCUUUGUAGAUGCAGAGGAGAAUCCCUUGUGUUGCAGCAACAUCACCUGGAUUCUCACCAGCCCAGCAUACGACCUUUACACCAGCCUAUCAAUACCUCCCUGCACAUGGUAGUGCUAAAAAAAACUGACCUACGCACG